UCUGGAAACGGGAUACUGGGGGACACUGGGGGGGAAAUGGGUCUGGAAACGGGAUACUGGGGGGCACUGGGGGGGAAAUGGGGCUGGAAAUGGGAUACUGGGGGGCACUGGGUGCGUAACGGGGUGGGGGGUGACGCCCUGGCCAUGGGGUGGCCACUAAUGGGGUGGGUGGCCCGACGUCACCUCCGGGCACCCCGUCACGCCACCGUGCCCCGUGUCACCCAGUGUCACCUCGUGUCACCCGUGUCACGUGGCAGGAGCCAGCCACGGGGUGGGGGGGGAGGGGGGGGGUGACGGAUGGGUGGCCAGGACCCUGCCCGCCCCCCGGUGCCCCACGGCAUGCCACGCGCCGCCGAGCCCCAUAACCAUUAACCCGGGUGCCCCCCGGCCACCGGAACCCGCGGCUCCGUCCCCGGCCAUGGCGGCGGGUGGCACCUCGGGGGGCACCCGUUGUCCCCCGGCUCCAGUGACACCCGGUAGCUGGCACCUGCCUCCGUCCCCGCUGCAGUCCCUGCUAGAGCGGGCUACUGCCAUCGAGGGGGAGCUGGCCCAGGGCCAGGAGAAACCCUUCACCGAGGUCACCCGCUGCCACUCAGGGGACGCGGUUGCCGCCGGCCGCCAGCCUCCCGCCUUCCUCCGCCAGGUGGCUGCCGUCUGCGCCCACCCCGAGCUGCUGGGUGAUGGCUCCAUCCCGGCGGACGCCAAGAACCGCGCGGGCCGGGUCCUGCGGCGCCUUCAGGGGGGCAGCCCAGGAGCGUACAACCUGGAGUACGUCACCGACGCGGUGGCCGAGAAGGUGGCCCGUUACCUGGAGCGGAGGGACGGUGGCAUCCCCGGCGACCCCCGCCGCGUCGUGCCCUGCGGCGGCACGGCGGCCGCCAUGGUGGACGUGCUGUCGCUGCUGGUGGACGCGGGGUCGGCGGUGGCCACGGGGGUGCUGGUGCCGGUGCCGGGCCCCCCGCUCCUCGGGGGGGCCACGGGGCUGGCGGGGGCCGUGGCCGUGCCGUACCCGCUGGAUGAGGAGCGGGGCUGGGCCGUGGACGGCCGGGCGGUGCGGGAGGCGCUGCGGCGGGCGCGGGACACCUGCCACCCCAAGGUGCUCUGCGUCGUCAACCCCGGCGACCCCACGGGGCACGUGCUGAGCCGGCAGAACAUGGAGGACGUCGUGCGGCUGGCGGCCGAGGAAAACCUCCUGCUGCUGGCGGACGAGGUGCAGCAGGAACGAGCCUUCCUCCCCGGCCGCCCCUUCCUCUCCUUCAAGCGGGUGCUGUGGGAGAUGGGGGCCCCGCUCAGCUCCGCCGUCCAGCUCGUCUCCUUCUACUCCCUCUCCAAGGGCGCCGGGGGGGGGGGGUUCCGAGCGGGUUUCUUCGAGCUGGUGAACAUCGACCCGAGCGUCCUGAAGUGUUUCUACACCUGGGGGCUGUCGGUGUAUCCCUCCAUCCUGGGGCAGGUGAUGCUGGAGUCAGCCAUGGAGCCCCCCCUGCCCAGUGAUCCCUCCUUCCCGGCCUUUGAGGAGCACAGGCAGGGGCUGCUCCGGGACCUGGCCCACAACGCCCGGCUGGUGCAGGAGGUGCUGGGCCGGGCCCCCGGCAUCCGCUGCCGGCCCGUGCAGGGGGGCGCCCGCGCCUUCCCCCGCAUCCAGCUCCCGCCCCGCGCCCAGCGCCAGGCCCGGAUGUUGGGCCUGGAGCCCGACGUCUUCUUCUGCCAGAAGCUCCUGGAGGCGACGGGGAUCGUGCUGGCCCCGGGGAGCGAGUUUGGGCAGCCGGAGGGCACCCACCACGUGGGGUUGUCCCUGCUGCUGCCGGCCGCCACGCUGGAGCGGGUGCUGCUCACCCUCACCCGCUUCCACGCCACCUUCCUGCGCGACUUCUCCUGACGCGGGGGGGCCACCCCGACCCCCCUCUCUGUGUCCCCCUGGCCCCACCUCAACUCCAUUAAAGCCCCCCCAGAUCACACCAAGUCAUGAGUC